AUGUCACCUGUGUACGGCAUCAAUCGAACCAGCUUUGACUUUAUUGUCGUUGGCGGCGGUCAAUCCGGUCUCGUCGUGGCAUCUAGGCUGAGCGAGGAUGUCGAUAAAACAGUUGUUGUCAUUGAGGCGGGCUCGGACCGUCAGGGCGACACAAGAAUCGACACGCCUGGAUUGAUGACCACGCUAUAUGAUGAUCCGGAUUAUGACUGGAAGCACAUGACCGUUCCCCAAAGCAAUGUGAACAACAGACAGAUUUCUUGGCCCAGGGGUAAGGUCCUGGGCGGAACAUCAGCAAUGAACUUCUCCGCCCUUGUUUAUCCAGCCAAGAGCGAUUUUGACAACUGGGCGACUCUGGUAGGAGACCAAGGGUGGAACAGUCAAGGCAUGGCCUCGUAUCUCAAAAGAUUUCACAACUACCAAGCACCAAAUCCAGAGCUCAAGAAGCGCAUGAUGAUGCAUUGGGUAGACGAAGAGGCGCAAGGUUACGAUGGGCCUCUGCCGGCAUCCUUUACCAAUGAAUUAGGCGCCUUCAAUGAGGCAUGGAUGAGAACUUUUGCGGAGUUGGGAUUGAACCUGCCUGGCGACCCCAUUUCUGGUGACAAGCAAGGAGCAUUCCAAAAUCCGCUGUCCAUCGAAAAUGGAGUCCGAGAAUAUUCGGCUUCAGCCUAUUACAACGCCAAAGUUGCUCAGCGGCCAAAUCUGACUGUCAUCACCAAUGCGCUUGUUGAGAGGAUCGUCCUGGAGGAAGGGAAGGAUGCCUCGGGCCUGGUGUCUGCGAAGGGUGUGCAAUUGGUCGACGCGAGUGGAGAGAGGCAGAUAGUCCAAGCUAACAAAGAGGUCAUUGUCGCUUGUGGAGCGAUCAAGUCACCACAGCUCCUCGAACUGUCCGGAAUCGGCGCAAAGCACAUUCUGUCAAACCACGGCAUCGAAGCCGUUAUCAACAAUGCCCACGUUGGUGAGAAUCUUCAAGACCACGUGCUCACCAGUAUCAGCUUUGAGGUGGCAGAUGACCAGAUUUCCGGAGACAUCAUGAGGGACUCAAACAUUGUCGAGUCCGUGGUGAAACUCUACCAGGACACUCGAACAGGGCCCCUCAGUGGAACCCCUCUCAGCUUUGCGUACACUCCACUUGUCAGCAGCUCCGGAAUUAUACCUCAAGCGGACGUGGAAACCCUACUGCGAAGAAGCCUUGACGGUGUCUCCUACUUCACGGCCAACCAGGAUUUGGAGAAACAGUACAAGCUGUUGCGGAGGCAACUUCUUGAUUCCCGCGAAUCCAGCAUCGAGUUUAUGUACAUUCCGCUGCAGCUAAACGAAAACCCUUCGAGCGCACCGACAGAUAUGACCAAGCUCUUCAGCAAAUCUCAUGAUGGAAACUACAUCACUUUGGUCACCAUGCUCAUGCAUCCAUUUUCUAGAGGAGAGACCCACAUAACUUCAGGCGAUCCUAAAGAGCAGCCACGCUUAGAUCCACAGUACUUGUCGCAUCCAAUCGACAUAGAGAUGCUCGCCAGGGCCUUGCUGUUCGUGAAGAAGAUAGCCAAGACGAACCCACUCGCGCUCAUGCUGAAGCCUAAUGGGCGCCGAAUACCUCCUGUGAGAGAAGAGUCUCCUGAGAGCCUUGGGGAAACGUCAUCGGUUCUGGUCGACGACGAUCUAGAAGACGCGAAACGAAUCGUUCGCGAAAGGCUUUUCACGGCGUUCCACCCAUCGGGAACCUGUGCCAUGUUUUCUCGAGACCAAGGGGGGGUUGUUGACAGCCGCCUGCGCGUACAUGGGUCGGCGAACAUCCGCGUGGUGGAUGCCAGUAUUUUUCCUAUUGAGCCACUUGGCCAUUUACAAUCUACAGUCUAUGCUGUGGCUGAAAAGGCUGCCGAUCUGAUCAAAGCAGACUGGACCAGAUCUAUGGGUGGAGGGAAAUAA